GCAGCGGCUGCCGCGGGCAAAGCCGACCUAGAUGCAUCGCCACGCUCCUCCAUCCUCAUCCUCAUCCCCGUCGCCAUCCGGGGGCCGCACCUGCUGAGCCGCAGCGCUCGGGAGGAGGAGGAGGAGGAGGAGGAGGAGGAGGAAUGCCGAGCCGGCGGGGAGGAAGGCUGGCCUUUGUUCCCCUGUGAGCGCCUGAGCCCUUCCUGGGGGGAUCUGCUGCCUCCAGCCCCUCCCCGAGAGCCAUGGGCACCACGGAGGCCACGCUGAGGAUGGAGAACGUGGAUGUCAAGGAAGAAUGGCAGGACGAGGACUUCCCCAGGCCUCUCCCAGAAGAGACAGGGAUGGAGUCACUGGGAAGCCCCACGGAAGACGAGACCACGUCCUCUCCCCCCAACACUUUGAACUUUAACGGGGCCCAUCGGAAGAGGAAGACCCUGGUUGCACCCGAAAUCAACAUUUCCCUGGACCAGAGCGAGGGCUCCAUCCUCUCCGACGACUUCCUGGACACCCCAGAUGACCUGGACAUUAAUGUGGACGACAUUGAGACUCCUGAUGAGACAGAUUCCCUGGAAUUCCUGGGCAAUGGCAACGAGCUGGAAUGGGAAGAUGACACCCCCGUGGCCACGGCCAAGAACAUGCCCGGGGACAGCGCAGACCUGUUUGGGGACGGGGGGACAGAGGAUGGCAGUGCCACCAACGGCCGCCUCUGGAGAACCGUCAUCAUCGGCGAGCAGGAGCACAGGAUCGACCUGCAGAUGAUCAAACCCUACAUGAGGGUGGUGACACACGGAGGAUACUACGGAGAAGGUCUGAACGCCAUCAUCGUCUUUGCUGCCUGCUACCUCCCGGACAGCAACCUGGCUGAUUACCACUACAUCAUGGAAAACCUCUUCCUGUAUGUGAUCAGCAGCCUGGAGCUGCUGGUGGCCGAGGACUACAUGAUCGUGUACCUGAACGGGGCCACGCCCCGCAGGAGGAUGCCCGGCCUGGGCUGGCUCAAGAAAUGCUACCAGAUGAUUGACAGAAGGCUGAGGAAGAACCUCAAGGCCCUGAUCAUCGUGCACCCCUCGUGGUUCAUCCGGACCGUGCUGGCCAUCUCCAGACCCUUCAUCAGUGUGAAGUUCAUCAAUAAGAUCCAGUACGUCCACAGCCUGGAGGAGCUGGAGCAGCUCAUCCCCAUGGAGCACGUGCAGAUCCCAGACUGUGUCCUGCAGUAUGAAGAAGAGAGGAUCAAGGCCAGGAAAGAAAGGGCAGAGGAGAAGCAAGACAUGGCUGAGGGGGAAAGCAGGCCCGUGCCCCCAGCAGAGGAUCAGGAGACCAGCAUGUCCUGAGUGGGAGCAGCACGAGGAAUGGAGCAGAAGGAGCAGCCUGGCAGUCACCCACCUCAGCGACCUCUGGGGACAAGAGCUUGCCACCACCUUCUUCCAAGUCCUGUAAACCCUGGAGCCUGCCUCCUCUGCCUCCAGGAUGCAAAGUCUUUUAACCUUUUGGGAAUCACUUUCCUUUUAAAAAAAAAAAGAAAAGAAAAAAAAGAAGAACAAAAACCAACCAAACCCCCCCAGAAAACGAAGCCAGAGCAGCACUUUAGAGAAAAGGUUCUGGUGUGUUUAGGGAAUGGUCUGUGGAGAGCAUUGGCACAGGGCAAAUACUCACUGUGUAUCUUUGGAGUAAGUCAAGAGCAUCCUCCCGUCCAUGAAUCUCCAGCCCAGAAAGAGAAUUUAUUUUUGGUUUCAAGUACAAACCCUUCACUCGCUGCUGGCCAGCGCGGAGCCCUCUUGCUUUGAGCUGCACCCCCAGUUCCUCCAGGACACCCCAAAAGCUGCCACCCCUGGGAAUAACGACCACAGGCAAUGGGAAGAGCUUUUCCCUCCGUUUUCCAGCCAGUGUGAGUCUCCUCCUGAAGAUUCCAGGUGCCCACAGCCUGGGCAGCACUGCCAGCUUCCACCCUCACUCUGGAACUCAUUCCCAGCAGG